AUGAUCAUGUUAAGGAAAUGUCGCUUAUAUAUUGGUGACAUUUAUACUAUCAGCAUGCCAACCUUCUUGACUCCUGGCCGGCACGGCUACAGCGUUCGGUUUUCCCGGACAAGGCCGGAUACCUUGGCUGUUGCGACCAGCCAGUAUUAUGGUCUUGCAGGAGGUGGAACUCUAUUUUUCUUAGAGCUAGCUCCUGAUGGAAGCACCAUCAUCGAAGUUCAGAAACUAGAGUGGAGCGAUGGGCUAUUUGAUGUGACAUGGUCAGGCACCACAGAGAGUGCAGCAGCGUGUGGUGCGGGCGACGGCGCCGUCGUAGUGUGGCGGGUCGGCUGUGCGGCCCCGCUGCGGGUGUUGAGGGCACACACCAGUGAGGUGUGCUCCGUGGACUGGCCAAGGACACAUCUCUUGAGCGCUAGCUGGGAUACUACUAUUAAAUUGUGGGACCCUGAAUCGGAAGCCUGCCUCAGUACUUUCGUGGGUCAUUCUCAGCUGGUUUACACAGCUGCUUUCUCUCCUCAUUCGCCUGCCACCUUCGCCUCGGUAUCAGGAGACGGUCACCUCAAAUUGUGGACUUGUACUGAACCUUCUAGACCUGCUGCAGUUGUCAAGGCUCAUGAUGCUGAGGUGUUGUCCUGUGAUUGGAGUAGAACGGAGUCACAUGCUCUUGCCACAGCUGGUUCUGAUGGUCUUAUCCGAGGCUGGGACCUGCGAAGACUGACAUCACCCAUGUUUACACUCAAAGGAUGCGAAUGUGCAGUAAGAAGAGUACAGUUUUCCCCUCACGCACCUUCCAUAUUGGCGGCUGGAUCCUACGAUUUUACGACAAGGAUAUGGGACCUCAAACGUGGCUGCGAGCCUCUAGAAACGAUACGACAUCACUCUGAGUUCACAUACGGCUUGGACUGGAACGCGCUGAGGCCGCAUCAGAUCGCGGACUGUGGGUGGGACUCACUAGUCCACGUCUUCACGCCCCGGUCUUUGGCCUGAGACUGUAGUCAAUGAUCCAUUGGAACGUCUGUGAUUAAAUAGAGUGUUUGUGGAGGAAUCGUGCCAAACCAUUGUAGUGUUUAUUGCGAAGACAAUCAGGGUUAUAAUCGCUUGCAAGCGUUCACUCGGUGCAGGUAACGGUGAACAGGGAUAUUGUGGUUUUUGGUGAUAGACAAGAUGUGUAUUGUAAAUUAUUCUUUGUUACUAUUGUAGUAAGGUAGUGGUUUGUUUGAAGUGUCUAUGUUGUAUUUUAACAUUCCUAUUGGCAUAUUCUGUGGAGCUUGUCAUUACAAUUAUAUGUUUAUUCUGUUGUUGUUUCGGAAUUAUUGAGGAAAAUGUUCAUAUUACCUACUGCUUGACCAAGGAUUGGUUUUAGAAAAUUUCAUAAUGCAGAGAAAUCAAUAAUGAUCAAAGUCUUUUAAAUCCAGACCAUGCAUAAUAAAGUAAAGAACAUUCUUUACAAAAGCCUCGAAUGUGAUGCAGACUCGUCACUUGAUCUCAUAAUUUUUAAUGGAUAAAACUUUUGCUAUAGCUACUCCCGAUACAUAGCCUCUGAGGCCCUUGUUCUUAUUGCGAUAAGGCUCACCUCUAUGAAUGUUACAUUGUACAUAUGUACCACUCAAUAUAGGUUAAAAUAGACAUGAUCUUAUGUUUAUGCAUUUGGACUUAUUGGUAAAUAUUGUGAUAUUGUUUAGUAAACUCUUUCUUCAAUGUUCCCCAUACGUUUUAUGGUGCGUUCAUAUUUGACACACAUGUCAUUAGGCAGUGCUUUUAGUAAUUAAUAACUAAACUACUUAUAAUUAUUACAUCCUGUAUAAAUAAUUUUAUAUGCAGACUGAUUCUAACACGGUGCAUUUUAUUUUAGGCUUUAUUUUUACUUACUGACAGUUAGUAAUGGCUUGUACUUAUUCGUUACACAUAUAACUUUCCGUGUUUUUUAUUUUUUAAAUUUUUAUAUUAGUUUAAGCAUAUAAUUUUAUUGUGAUGGUGAUACAGUCUCCUUUGAAUUUUCAAUAUAGUUUAUGAUAUUUAUGUUAGUCAAAUACCUAUGUGAUGAAUGAAGGUAAUUCUUUUAUACCAAUGGAAGUGAUAAAUAAAUAAAACGAAACGAAAUAUUUCUAUAGUGCAUAAAAUAUGUCUCGUAUGUCAGCAACAUUUGACGCACGUUGCACCAACACAAAUAACAAGCCGCGCGUCAUGUUGCGAUGUCGAUGUUCCAUUGCAAUGUCAAUGUUGCGUUGCAAUGCCGAUGUUGCGUUGCAAUGCCGAUGUUGCGUUGCAUUGCCGAUGUUGCGUUGCAAUUGCGUUGCAAUGCCGAUGUUGCGUUGUAAUACCAAUGCUGCGUUGCAAUGUCGAUGUUGCGUUGUGAUGUUGCGCAACAUUGUGUAGCGCUGCAAAAUGUGCUGAGCGCUGUGUUGCGCGUCAAUUAUUUGUUGCAUAGUAGAUACGAGCCUUUAUCCUAGACAACACAAUUUUUAAAUGAAUUACUGAAUGAACUAUAUAGGAGCUCUCUAGUGGGGAUUUA